AUGAGUGACUCUGUGACAAACCAAAUUUCAAAUGAUUCUUCAAUUCCAUCAAGUCGUCAUUAUUCGUCAAACAACGACUUAAUUGAUCAAUAUACUUUAAUCUGGUUAGAUCAUAGCGCAUUGGACAAUUCACUUGAUUCAUUACGUACAAAAACAUUAUUUCGAGAAGUUAGUGAUGCUCCUUGUUUAUUCUUUAAUAGUGUGGAAUCAUUUUUACUCAAAAUACAGGAACUAAGAAAUCAGGAGAUUAAAAUUCUCAUUAUUGUAUCUGGAUCAUUUGCAAAAGAAAUUCUUCCUGAUACGAGAAAUAACUUUCGGAUAAUUAUAUUUUGCCGAAAUUCUAAUAAAUACAAACGUUUAAAGGAACAUUAUCCAAAUAUCAUUGAUAUUUGCACUGAACGUGAAACAUUGGAGACUUCUAUUCAACGUGAAUUACCAUUAUUAAAAUUCAAUUUAUUUAGUAAAGAAAAACUGAAUUCGUUACGUUCAUUAGCUUCAUCAGAAAAUGCAACGCAUAAUGGUGCUUAUUUUUCGUACAUGUUAUUUAUUGACUUUUUAAAACAAAUUCCUUCGACAUACCAAGCAAAAGAUAUUAUGUUAAAUAAAUGUCGAGAUCAUUUUAGUCAAGAUGGAAAACAACUCGAACGUAUUGAAGAAUUUCGUGGUACAUAUAAACAAGAGGAAGCAAUUCAAUGGUAUACAGAAGAGUCGUUUCUUUAUCAUCUAGUCAAUCGUGCAUUUCGAACAGAAAAUAUCGAAUUAUGGUAUUUAUUUCGUUUUUAUAUUAGUGAUUUAUGCAAACAAUUAGAAGAUGUUUACCAGAAACAAAACUGUCAAACAAUUUUAAGACUCUAUCGUGGACAAUCUCGCUUACCAACUGAAGAAUUAGAAAAUUUUAGCUCAAAUAUAGGUGGUUUCUUAUCAACAAAUGCAUUUUUUUCCACGUCAAAAAAUAUUGCUGUAGCUAAGGCGUAUAUAACAGAUGCUCCUAAUACAGACGAUGUUAAAGUAGUUUUAUUUGAGAUAACUGUUGAUGCAUCUAAUUUAAGAAAUACGAUUUUUGUUGAUAUUAAUGAACAUUUAGGAUUCGGACCAUCAAAUAAAUUUCCAGGAGAAGAAGAAGUAUUAUUUAAUAUUGGUUCAGUUUUUCAAAUUGAAAAUAUUAAUUUUGAUGAUAAUUUAAACGCAUGGAAAAUUAAAAUGAAAGCAACCGAUGAAUGUACAGAUUCGAUAAAAGAACGUAUUAACUCAAUGAAAGAAAAAUUUAAAAAUGGAAAUAAUAAUUUAUUAUUUGGUCGUUUAUUACUUGAUAUGAAUCAGCAUACUAAAGCUGAAUCAUAUUUUCAAAUGAUGUUAAAAAUAUUACCUAAAUCACAUUCUGAUUUACCUUUAGUUUAUGAUUAUAUUGGUGAUUUAAAUAUGCAUACAACAAAUUGGAAUGAAGCAUUUAAAAAUUUUCAUCUAUCCUAUGAAAUAAAGAAGACAAAAACACAUCCAAAUCAUCAUCAAACGAUUGGUAUAACAUUAAAUAGUUUAGGAAAUUAUUAUAAGGCUAUUUGCGAUAGGUGUCAAGCAUUAAAAUAUUAUUCAAAAGUUUUAAAUUGUAAAAUAAAUCCAUAUAAUAUUGCAAUUACUCUAUUGAAUAUCAGUACGAUUCAUAUUAUAGAAAAAAAUUAUAAUAAAGCAUUGGAUUUAUGUUUACAAGCUCGAAAUAUUAUUCAGGAGAAUUUUUCAAACACAUAUAGUGCUGUUAUUCGAUGUCAUAGAAUUAUGGGUGAUAUAUAUUUUGCUCAAGAAGAUUAUGAUCAAGCAAAAGAUUUUUAUUUUGCUGCAUUCGAUCUGAGUAAAAGAGCUUUGUUUACUACUGAUCGUCAACGAAUUGUUUGUAUAAAAGCAUUAACUACUUUCUAUUAUCAACAAAAUAUGAAACAACAAGCAAUUGAAUUUUGUCUUAAACAAUUAAAUUUUUAUGAACAACAUUUAACGAAAAAUCAUAUUAAUAUUGUGCAUUUAUUAUUGAUUAUUGCUGAAUUGUAUGAAGAUAAUGAUAAAGAAAGAAUUGAUUAUUUGGAAAAAGCAUUAAAGAUUUUAGAAGAAAAUAUUCAUCUUCAUUAUGAUACAACAGCGAAUUGUUUGAAAUUAAUUGGACAAUAUUAUCAGAAACAACAAUUAAAUGAUAAAGCAAUGACAUUUUAUAAAAGAACUUUAGAAAUACAGAAGAAAAUUUAUCCAAAAAAACAUUUUACAUUAAAAGAAAUUCAAUAUUUAAUUGAUAUGAUUGACAGUUAG